AUGAGCGAAUCAGGACGAAGGGAAGAUGGCGGAUCAGAUCCGAAGAAAGUGGGAGAUGGGGUCGUACAACAACAACAACAACAACCGACUAAACAGCAACAGCUGGUUCUUGAUAAGGAAGACGCAGAAUACAGGCGAAGCUAUAAUAAGGAAAGGCGGGCUUCGUCGUUCACUGCCACAAACUCCCCCUGGUUUAGAAGGAACUCCUUCCUUUCCACUGCGAUGAUUGAGAAUGAGAAUUUCUCUGUAUACGAGUCACCUUCGUACUACUCGCAGAAUGCGAGCUACAAUAUCAUAUCGCUCAAGGAGUGUCAGGGGUUUAUCUUCAACCAGGAUUUGUUUGCCUCGCCCUACCAGCAGCUGAGGUCUUUGGCCAACGAGAAAAGGUACAGGGCAAGCUUCAGUCACCCCACAUCCGGUAACAGUCCUUCUCGUAGGACAAGUUCUAGAGGGAGCCUCAGCACUAAAAAUUUUGAAAAUAGCCUGUGCCAUUCAUCUCAGAACGAAUCUACUCCACCACCUGUGCCCACUGUGCAACCGCAGCGUAGACACACCUCGUACUUGGAGACCAGACCCACGUUUUUGAGCACGGCAAGGAACGAUUCGGCCAUAGUCGACGAUGAAAACGAAGUAGACGAAGAAGAAACGGAGGACGAUUACCAGAUUGACAACGACGCUAUAGACGAAGCUGUAGAUGACAUUGCCAUGGAUAUUCUCACUGAUGAGGAAGUUGAGGUGGACGAAUACGAUGAAUAUGAGGGGAUGCAAUACGGUGGAGAGUCUGCAAAUAGAGGGUAUAAAGUACAUGUAACUGAAAUUGUGGUGAACGAAAGCGAUAACAGCAUGUUCCCCACGCAAGAGUAG